AGUUCGCUGGCCGAGUCCCGCGGCGGCGGUUGUUGGCUCGUCGACGUCUGCUGUGUCGUGGCGCGAGACAAGUCGGGCUGUUGUCGGCUGACGGUAUCUCCGCUCCGCCGCGACACACGACACUUCGGCGUGUCCCGUCGAGACGCGAGGUUCUCGGGUAGCUUGUGCACCGGUCGGCUUGUGAAGGUCCGUCAGGGUUGCAACAGUGCGGGAAGCGCAGUCGGACGCGAGACGCGGGAGACCGCGAGUUCUAGCCGCUUCCACGCGGCCGGGAUGUAAACAAACGGACAGCCGACGCGGCCCGGUGGUUCGGCAGUUUGGCCGGACGGGAGGCCGGUGACUGAUGUGCUCGGUGCUUCGCCCGCUCGCACCAGCUGUGCCGACACAGUCCUGCUGCAAGACGGAUCCCCGCGUCGCAGGUGGCGCGGCUAGCUUGAAGGCGAGCGGCCAGGCCAGCACGGAGGAGGGUGGCGCCAUGAGGAAGACCAGCAGGAUACGGGUGGUGGUGAUGGGUGGUCCUCGCGUCGGCAAGAGCGCUGUUACGGUGCGGUACCUGACGAAGCGGUACAUCGGCGAGUACAGCUCGAACAGCGAUUUCCUGUACCGGCACAACGUGACCUUCGAUAAUGUCCCGACGGAAGUGGAGAUCCUGGACACCUGCAAGUGCGUGGCGACGGGCUGCCUGUACGACCACAUCAGGUGGGGCGAGGCCUUCGUGGUGGUGUACAGCGUGUGCGACCGGCGCAGCUUCCACGAGGCGCGCGAGAUGCUGGACCAGCUGAGCAAGCUGAAGCUGCCCUCCUACUUCACGGCGCUGCUGCUGGGCAACAAGCGCGACAUCGACCACUUCCGGGAGGUGGGCGUGGACGCGGGCCACGAGCUGUCCCUACAGCACGGCUGCCAGUUCUACGAGGUGAGCGCCGCGGAGAACCUGGCCGGAGUGUCGCUGGCCUUCCAGUCGCUGCUCAAGGAGGCGCACUCGCUGCAGCUGCUCAAGACACUGCCCAUCAGCCGCAAGCUGGGCGUCAACUCCGUGUCCAAGGUGCUGGGCACCAUCUUCGGCAAGAACCACCGCAAGGCGGGCAGCAAGAGGCCGUCGCUCAGCAUAUAGGCGUCUCGGCUCUCCGCCCGCCCGUGUCCACUUUCAGACUGAAUUCGUCCGGCAAGCACAGGCUGCAGGUUCAUCACGAGGCUGAUAUACUCCUAUGAAGUUGGAGCUGAAGAGACACUUUUAAUUAUUUAAAAUAGAACACUAAGAGUCUGGAUGAUGUUUUAUUGAAUGCAUUUAUUCAACCACCGCGAAUUUUGUCACCUUGGCAAAAAAUUUUUUUUUUAAUAAUUGGUAAUAACAUCUGAUUUCCACACAUUUUUGCGGUGUGAAGUAAUUUUGCUACAACGUCAAAAUUUGCGUUGGUUGUAGACCUUCAUCAUAUUAAACAUAAUCCAAACUCUUACAUCUUAAAUACUUUCUCUAUUAUUUACAAUAAUAGCCCCAACUUCAAAUACUUAACAGCCUAAAGAAGCAAUUUAGACCGACCAUAAUCCGUAUAGACGUGUGUAUGAACUUUCAGCUGUAGUUUGUGUAUGUAUCCGUGACGUUGGAUGACAUACGAAGUUUUCCGGAUUGAUUAAACGACGCGUCAAAUUCAGAUGACGUGCGUGCGGCAUCUUCGAUUGGGUCGCACUCAUAUCGACACGCUCCUUGGCAUAGUCCAAACCAGAAACCAGUAACAGACCAACGUAAUAUGAACGGUCUUAUCACAUCCGGGAUCAAGCUCUCGAGGCAACACAACUCUGCCAAGUCUAGCCUGAGUCACGGCCCCUCUUCACUCGCAACGGUGUGCUGCAUGACUUGUAGGCCACGCAAGUGUUCAACAAGUUACAACUUUGCAUCCGUUAUCCACGUAUGUUCCAACCUCCACUGACAAGUUGUAAGGAAUUCCGUAAUGUAGGAAGCUCUGUUAUGGCUGACUACUUGCUUUGUGCAACUGCAUCAACUCAGGAGGAGAAAAGCAUGAAGAACACGAUGGCGAAGAAUAUGGCUUUUCAAAAGAAGCCAAUAUUCACACAAAGUUAUUGGAAGAACUGUGUGGCGAACCCAACGACUGGCGCAGUUAUCUACGGAUGGAUUGAAGUACGCAUAGUCAGUUAUUAGAGUCGCUGCAAUGCCUCAUCGUCCAGUCUUUCGAUUUGUCUGUGGUUUCCCUUCCGUUUCGGUAAGACGUGCGUUUUACCGUCCACACGCUUCGUCUUACCUGCCAUGGUUUAUCCAGUACGAUCAGACAUACAGUAGUUCGUUGCGUGUAAACCGCCCUUUCGUCGUCGGGAGCGCCUCCACCUGCUGGUGAGCGCCGAGUGGACCGACAUCUGCCGGAUCACUGCUCAGCAGCUACGUGGUGCAUAGUUCUACAAGACAGUAUUCUUCUUCGACGACCUUUCUUUCACGAAUUGAAUAGAACAUUAAUCAUUUGCAUUUUAAGUGGUCAAAGUCAAACUCAUUUUGAGAACCUACUAGUAAGGAGAAUUAUGCACCAAUUUUCGUAGAAAAUACUUAAUAUUAUCUCGAAAAAAGUAUUUUAUAUAUGCACAAACAACCCUAGCCAUGUGUAGUACAAAUUUACAAUAUCUUUCUUGGCAACUGGUUACUAAAAAAAUCUUUGGUAAGAGUACGGAAAUUUCUUUCGUGUACAUCAAUAAUCUUUUUGAGAAAUAUUCGUGAGAUCUCCAACCCAAUCAAAGUCUCAAAAAUGACUUUUCGGACACAAGCCGACCUUACUGUGUGGAUAUUUACCACGUAUAAACCCGUCCUACAAGAUAUUCAGUAGAUGCAAAUUUCUUAAAUCAGUGAUACCACAAGGACUUUUCGUUUCUGAAUAUUAUUAUUCAGUUAAAGCGAUAUUUUGAAGUUGAACUUCUCGGCCGCAAAUUUUGUUAUCAAAUUUUGUUUAAAUGUGGUUCGUUGACUGAACGUUGAAUUCUUAUUCGAAAUGUGUCACGUCCUUCGAUAUUUGUGUGAAGAAAGAAAACAAUCAAAAUCUAUGGUUUCAUCGACUUAAUUUAAAAUAUUUAAAAACUCAACGUUCUCAUUCCAAUUUUGAUCGCGAAGUUCGUUUCAUCGUUUUUAUUUAAGUUUUUUUUAAAUAUUAUCUACCUCCUUAGUGUGGUAAGUGACAGAUGUGUUUAAAUAGUACUCACGCUAUGUACGGACAUACAUAUAACUUAUAAUGUGCCUACGCUCUGCUUAGAUAAAAAAGUGCUAAAUGGAUAAUAAUGUGAACAAAAAUAUUUUAUACGAAAAUGUAGAUGAACAGCAUCAAGGUACAGUUAAAUGUUUAUAGUCACUAGCUCAAUAAAUAAAUUUCGUAGAAUAAUAGUAGGAUGAUUUUAUUUUUGUAUA